AUGGAAAAAUUCCAAACACAGAAGGAAAGUACGAAAGAAAAACUUACUAGNUUUGAAGAUUUAGCAGAUGAUACACAGACACAACUUUUAAAGAAAGAAAUCAUUUUUCGAAGUGAAAAGGUUCAAUUAGGUGCAUUAAUAACAAACGAAUUAAAACCUCUAGUUGAUGAGGGAACGUUGUCUAAACUCAUCAGCAAUGACACGAUAGAGAUUGGUAAAGCACUUUCUGAUAUAGGUGAUGUUGAGAGUUACUACAUUGAUCGAACUUUUAAUCAUCAUUCAUUUAUUAAAAAAGAAAUCGAAACGGAAUUCGGAAUUUAUAUUACAUAUAAUGAUAAAAUUAAAACAUCUGAGCUGAAACAAGAUCAAGAUAUCGUGCUUAUUUCUGAAACAGGUGAAAGUUUUAAUAAAUUGUGCAGUGAAUUUGAAAAUCAUAAUAUUCAUUGGUUGAAAGAAGUAGAAAGAGUAUAUAUGUGGCAGAAAUCGCGCGGAAAUCUAUCAAGUUUGCGUGAGUAUAUAGACCGAGACAAAGUUUCUGAAGGUGAAGUAGCAGGAAAUAUUGCAAUUAUAAAUGCAGUAUCUGGGGCAGGAAUUAAUUUGAAUGAUUAUACGGAAAAACUAGCUAAUGCAACAUUUAGUGAUAAAAAUGAAGGAAUGCUUAAAUUUAUGGUUGACAUAGCUGGUCUGAACACAUCACUGGAAAAAGAAAUAUUUAAGCAGAGGCUGCAUACUUUAGGUAAAAUCGCUUUAUUGUUUGAUGGAUUUGACGAGAUUGUUCCUAGAUACAAGGAAAAGAUUGCUGAACUGCUAAAAGCUUUGAAGCAUUCAAAAGUAGAGAAACUCUGGAUAACUACUCGUCCACACAUGAAACAUAAAUUAGAAGACAUAUUAAGUGUUCUAUCGAAGAAAUAUUUAAUAAAUGCAUUCGAUUAUAAGAAACAGACUCCUCUUCAUUAUGCUGUAAAUAAGGCUAUUGCUGAGCUCUUAAUAAAAAGCGGUGCAGACAUUGAAGUUAAAGGCUCGUGGGAUGAAACACCUUUGUUCUCAGCUAAGAGUAAGGAUGUAGUUGAAGAUAAAUUCGGAAGAACAGUGCUUCACUUAGCUGCAGCAUAUGGGUACCUGAAUAUCGUGAAGCUUCUAUUGGAUAGUGGAUUCAGUGCCGAUGCAAGAGACAUAUUUGAUUGGACUCCCUCAAG